GUGGGGGAGAAAAUUCUGCAGUGUGAUUGGUUGGCCCUAUUGACCAAUCCGAGAGCAGUCAAUGUACCACCCUCGGUCUCUGAUUGGCUGGAUGUUUUGGGCCACACCCCCUCGCUCCAGAGAUGAUACUUCCGCCGCCCCACCUCUCGGCUCUCUCUGCUCCUGAUUGGCUGAGGGCUCAACCAUUUGGCGAUCAAAGGAUUCAUCUCAGGGCCACAUGCGCAAUCCCUGUGUUCCGAUUGGCUGGGCAGUCAGCCAAUUGGCGAAUAAGAACUACACCUUGUCUCCUCAUCCCUCGGACUGGGAGCCACUGGCCAAUCAGAGCAAAGGAGGUGUCAGCGUGGUCAGGCCAGUCAUGACGUGCGGGUGAUUGCCAUGCCCCCAUGGUCACUAUGGUUACCAGCAGCCGCCAGUGAGAUGUCGUGCCGAGGCCCAAGGGGGUGAUGGGUCUCUGCGGCCGUUUCCAAUGGACUGGGGCCUUCCCACGUGCUCGCUUCUGGCGGGUUGAGGCUAUUUCCGGUCGGAUGCGGUCAUUUCCGAUGUGGGAUCUGGCAUCCAUGUGGCAUCCUAGGAGCGAGCAGAGAUCCCAACCUCUCUCAUGGUUCCCCCAAUUCAGGAAUGGCUACCCCCACACCGAGCCCCUCCAGCUUCCUCCUUCUGCCCCUCCCAGCCAUUGUCUUCAUCACUGUGGCCGCCUACCUGCUGCUCCUCCUCCUCAUCCUUGCGCUGCGCCACUGCCUGCUGGCCCGUGGACUGUGCGCUGACUCUUGCUGGUGUGAGAAGGGAAUGCUGGGGGGGCCCUCCCACUGCUGCCUGGCCUGUGCCAAGGCAUGCGACUGUGCCACUCCCUCCCUCACCCACUGCCUGGACACCUGCUGUCCCCGACGCCAGGGCUGGGAGCUCAGCACCUGCCCCCCUUUCCUUCGCUGCUGCCCCCUCUGUGACUGUGCCUGUGCCUACCAGCCCCCUGACUGCCAGAGCAUCAAUUGCAUCUGCUUUGAGGUCAAACUGCUCUGAGGGGAGCCCCACUAGGAAAAUCAUGGGGACUUCCCCAUCAGAGACUCUGACUGGCAUGUAUUCACUACUGCUGGAUUGUGGGGAUCCCCUGCUCCCCAAGUGGGGUGAUCCCUUCCUGAUUUUGUUACACAACCCCCAAUAUUUGUAACUUCCACUUUUAUAAUAAAGCAGCUUUGAGAUAC